AUGGAGUCCACCAACUGGACUACAGUUGAAGAAUUUGUUUUGUUAGGAUUUGGAAUUUCACAACACAAACGCUUGCUGCUCCUCAUCUUUUUCACUAUUCUCUAUGUGCUCACCUUGGCUGAGAACAUCACCAUUAUUAUCUUGGUGCUUCUGGACAUUCACCUGGGCCAGCUUCCUAUGUAUAUCUUGCUGAGCAACUUCUCCUGGCUGGAAAUGUGUUAUGUGUCCACCACAGUUCCUCGCAUGCUCUUUGAUUUAGCAGUCCCUGGUGGAAUCAUUUCCUUCAAUGAGUGUUUCAUCCAAUUCUACAUCUUCUUCUCCCUAGGUAGUUCUGAAUGCUUAUUCCUCUCAACCAUGGCCUUAGAUCGCUUUCUGGCCAUCUGUUGCCCACUGUACUACCUGCAUAUUAUGUCUCACAAUUUCUGUUAUGCUCUGGUGGCUUUUUGUUGGCUUCUUGGCUUCUUGUGGUACAUUGUUCCUGCAGUGUUGAUUUCUCAAUUAUCCUUUUGUGGUUCCAAUGUCAUUGAUCAUUUUUUGUGUGACACUGGUCCAAUCCUAUCCUUAGCCUGCCCUCCACUUGGAAAUGGUCCCAUUCUAAGCCAGAUUUUAGUCAGUGGUUUGGUCAUAGGCAAUAUGUUAUUUGUUGUGCUUUCCUACAGUACUGUAAUUAUCACCCUGAUAAAGAGUCCUAGCCAGGGCAGUUGUAGGAAGGCCUUUUCUACUGUUUCAUUCCAUCUAAUUGUGGUCUCACUUUUCUAUGGCUCAGUGGCAGGGAUGUACUUAAUACCAGGUGGGGAAAGUCAGUUAGGGGUGUACUUAAUACCCGGGGGGGAAAGUCAGUUUGGUGUCACUAAGGCAGUGACUCUCUUCUAUACUGCCGUUACUCCCUUUCUCAACCCCUUGAUCUACUGUCUGAGGAACAAUCAGGUGAAAGAAGCAAUGGGCAGAUUGCUAAGAAGAAAGGUGAGACAAAGGUGGAACAAGGAAUAG